UAACAGAUGCUGUUUAGCUGCAGGAGAGGUGGGAUAUUGUUUCCCGCUGUAGUUGCGUUGUCGUCUGCUUGUGAGUUUGUUUUCGUUCGGUAUAUGCUUUUACAGCAUCACGGCGUGGAGGAACAGUACUAAAGUCGUGGUUAAUCUGAUCUUGCAUGGAACACCGAAGAGAAUGACUUCGAAGAAGGUAUACGGGAACAGAAAGUUUUAUUCGUUGCCGGAGGAAUAUUCCUUGCGUAGUUCUAAGCUUCGUCCUGCUUACGGUUCAAAAAAAGAGGAUGCAAAUAAACUGUUGAAGUACAUCGACGAUAAUGUGAUUGGAAAACACACUACAUUUGCUGGACCAUAUGGACGACGAAAAGUGGUGUACUGCGACUACACGGCCUCGGGACGCUCGCUGCAGUUCAUCGAGGACUACGUGCUGAAGGAGGUGCUGCCCUGCUACGGCAACACGCACACCACCACCAGCAUCACGUCGCUGCAGUCCACGCUCUACCGGCACGAGGCGCGGGACAUAUUCCGCAACGCCGUGCACGCCUCGGAGCACGACGCCGUGAUCUUCGCGGGCCACGGCUGCACGGGCGCCGUGCACAAGCUCAUCCACGCGCUGCAGCUGGCCGAGCCGCCCGUGGUGUUCGUGGGCCCGUGCGAGCACCACUCCAACCUGCUGCCCUGGCGCGAGGUCGGCUCCAAGAUAAUCAGGAUAGCGGAGCGGAAAGAGGGCUUCCUGGACCUGGACGACCUGGAGCAGCAGCUGCAGAGCCACCACGGCCAGGCGCGGCAGCUGAUUGGCUGCUUCUCGGCCGCCUCCAACAUCACCGGCAUCCUGGCGGACGACAUCGCCACCACCCUGCUGCUGCACCAGUACGGCGCGCUGGCCUUCUGGGACUACGCCACCGCCGCUCCGUAUGUGAAGCUGGACAUGAAUCCAUUUCUUCCCGGGGUGGAUGAAACUGCCGUCUACAAGGAUGCCAUGUUCUUCUCAGUUCACAAGUUCAUCGGCGGAGUUCAGACACCAGGGGUGCUGGUGGCCAAGAAGGCGCUCUUCAAAAACACCGUCCCGAACGGCUGCGGGGGAGGCGCUGUUUUCUUCGUCUCCAGAGAAGGCCAUCGCUACCUGCAGGACACGGAGCUGCGGGAGGAGGGCGGCACGGCGGCGGUGGUGGAGUCGGUGCGCGCCGGCAUGGUGAUGCAGCUCAAGGAGACGGUGGGCGUGCCGGCCAUCAUGGUGCGCGAGGAGAAGAUCACCAGGAUGGCACUGUCGCACAUCCGCACGGUGCCGGAGCUGAUCCUGCUGGGCAACUCGUCGGGCUCCAUCAAGCGGCUGCCCAUAUUCUCGUUCAUGGUGCGGCACCCGCGCGGUGCCUUCCUGCACCACAACUUCGUGUGCGCGGUGCUGAACGACGUGUUCGGCAUCCAGGCGCGCGGCGGCUGCGCGUGCGCGGGGCCCUACGCCCAGGACCUGCUGGGCAUCAGCGAGCAGCUCGCCACGGAGUACGAGCGCAUCCUGCUGGAGGACACGCGGCUGGACAGGACGCACCUGCGGCGCCACGAGGAGCACUCGAGCUUCGAGAUGCUGCGGCCGGGCUUCGCCAGGAUCAGCCUGCCCUUCUUCAUGCCCGACGCGGAGGUGGCCUUCGUGCUGGAGGCCGUCAAGAUGGUGGCCACCGAGGCCUGGAAGCUGCUGCCGCAGUACAUCCUCAACCCGGAGACGGGCGAGUGGCGCCACCACACCAACUCGGUUUUCCGGGACCGUAAGUGGCUGGGCUCCAUCCGCUACACGGACGGCAAGAUGACGGUCAGCGAGAGGAGGAUAUCGGGCCAGGGGACCUUCCCGCAGGACUACGGCGAGAUCCUGCAGACCGCACGCAACAUCUUCAACAAGGCCAGGAAGAUGGCCCAGCGCUUCCCGCUGGCAGACCAGUGCGUGCUGUUCGACGCGGACACGGAGCGCCUGCGCUGGUUCAUGCUGCCCAGCGAGGCGCAGGACCUGCUGCUCGGCAACUCGCAGAACGUGAAGCACAAGGUGCCCUUCGACCCGGUGCGCUACUCGGGCUCGCGCGGCAGCAUCUCGGAGGGCGGCGACGGCGCGCCGCUGGAGCGCGCCCUGCUGCCCAUCAUGCGCGCCAACUCGCUGGACUUCUCGCGGCACAACAGCCUGCCCUCGGGCGUGUUCGCGCCGCCGCCGCCGACAGUGUCGGUGGUGCAGUCCCAGCCGGAGCUGGUGUGGAUGAGCUCCGGGGCGCGCCAGGCCGAGUUCGCCGUGGGCGAGGCGGUGCGGCCGGCGCAGCUUGACGCAGUCGUGGCCGAGGACUGCUACCCCUCGCGCACGCGCUGCUACAGCCUGGGCUCCUCGGCGACCGCCCCGCCCGUGCUCAGCCCCGGCACGCUGGCCAGCCUGGGCAUCCAGCGCCAGAGGGCGCGCUGCAGCUGCAGCAGCCAGACGGAGCUGGACUCCCUGGAGCUGGAGCCCGGCUCGCCGGCCCCGAGCCUCGGCCUGCUGCAGCUCGCCGCGCCCGCCGGCGACUGCGGCUUCUACAGCCAGCCCUCGCAGUCCCCCGAGGACCUGCAGGCCUACGUCAAGGAGAUGACCAACGAGAUCGCCACGGAGAUCAAGUCGGAGAUCCGCGGGGUCAUCUCCAAGGUGGAGGACGUGCUGUCGGAGAGCGCCGAGGCGACGGGCGACGGCCACAUCUCGCUGGACAGGCACUACGACGGCUCGGGCAUCAGGGGCCGGUCGGUGUCCUCCGCCGACGUGGCGGACUACAUCGUGGAGUUCUCCAAGGGCAUGGCCUCCAAGAUGAAGACGGAGCUGAGGGAAAUCGUGAGCGCCGUGGACAGCCUGAUGUCGUCGGACGCGCACCCCAGCCUGUCGCCCACCCACGACCGGCUGUCCUCGCCCAUGUCGCCGGCGGACGCCACGGACUCGUGCUCCUCCGUGGCGGGGGCCGCGCUGGCCUCGAGGCUGGUGGACCUGCCCGGCGAGCGCACGCAGUCCAGCGAGUGCUCCAGCGACGAGACCGUCAUCCACAUCAUGGCCAUCGACCCGAAGCACGACCCGGCCCCCGCCAGCAUCGCCGACAAGUCCUCCGGGGACGAGGACCUGGAGGAGGAGGCGUACGGCGGCAUCGGGGUCGAGAACAAGCACUGCCUGCUCAUGAGGUCCAACAUCAACAGCGUCAGCUCCCAGGACAGCGGCAUCAACCUGACCUUCCAGGAGUCGGACUCGUCCUCUCACAGCAACUACACGACGAAGAGCGACGAGAAGCUGAGCGUGAGGAAGCGCAAGGUGAACCUCUCGCUGUCGGACACGGGCAGCAGCGGCAGCAGCGUGUCGGACCGCCUGUCGGCAAGGACCUCUGAGGCGGGCGGGGACCGGCCGGAGGAGCGGCCGGGCGACGACCUCAAGUCGAGGCUCGCGGGGCCGGUCCUGGGGGCGUGCGCCACCACCAGGUGGCACUGUCCUCCCAAGGCCAUCUGGAAGCCAGCCGUCGAGGCCCUGCAGGAGUUCGACAUGAUCCGGGACGGGGACCGGGUGCUGGUGUGCCUAUCGGGCGGCAAGGACUCGCUCAGCCUGCUGCACACGCUGCACCAGUACCAGUUCUACGCCCGCUCCAAGGGCGUGCAGUUCCUGCUGGGCGCGGCGACAGUGGACCCGGGCAGCAGCGCCUACGACCCCCGGCCCCUGGUGCCCUACCUGGAGGCCCUGGGCGUGCACUACCUCUACGAGGAGCAAGCCAUCCUGCAGCAGGCGGCGGACGCGGACAGCUGCAGCUCGGUGUGCAGCUUCUGCAGCCGCAUGAAGCGGGGGCGGCUGUACGCGGCGGCGCGCGCCAGCAGCUACAACGUGCUGGCCCUGGGGCAGCACCUGGACGACCUGGCCGAGAGCUUCCUCAUGUCCGUGUUCCACAAUGGGCGCCUGCGCACCAUGAAGGCCCACUACUACAUCAAGGAAAGGGAUCUGCGAGUUAUCCGACCGUUCGUAUACGUUCGGGAGAAAUCUCUUCGACAGUUUGCUGAGAGCAGAAACUUGCCUGUCAUUCCUGAAAACUGUCCUGCCUGCUUCGAAGCUCCGAAGGAGCGGCACCGCACCAAGCAGCUGCUGGCGCAGCAGGAGAUCCUGUUCCCGCGCCUGUUCUGGAGCCUGCGCUCCGCGCUCCACCCGCUCAUGAGCUUCCGCUACACGGGGGAGGAGAGCCGGGCGUACGUGCGCCACCGCAAGCACUCCCAGACCCAGGCGCUGUCCCCCAAGGACGAGGACGCCGACGACUCCAGCUCCGAGACUGACGAGGAGCCCGUCGCCCACGGCAAGGCCGCGCAGUGAGGGGGGGGACCCUCCCCUCGCGUCGCCCGCCGCAGCAGGGUGUCCACACAGACCUGCAGUGAAAUUUCCCUGAUCUAAAUCUAAAAUUUUCUGAUCUUUUUCCUUACCGAAAUUACCUGACUUUUACCUGAUCAAAAUUUUAAACUUACCUGAUGCUUUCCAGAACCAAAUGUUAAAUUUUCUUGUCUUUCCUGACUGAAAUUUGAAAAAUUUACCUGAUUUUUUGAAGAAGAAAAUAAUUUACCAAUUUUGCAACUUUCUGAAAGAAAUAAAGAAAAUCUCCAGCCUCCGCCAUUAUGCAGGAUUCCAGUACGGCCAUCGUUCUUAGUUUGAAACUAGAACAAUGUAAAAAAAAAAAAAAAAUGGACAGGUCAAACAGAACACUUGCAUGGACCAUUUUUUAAGUGUGUGUGUGACUUGGCACUAAAACUCCAUCUGGAAAAAAAAAUUGCUUUCACAGUCUUAAGUGAUGGCAAUUCGGAGCAAGACAUUUUCCCAUUUAACUUGGGAAUUUCAGUGACUUUUCCAGGAUUUAAAGUAAAUUUCCCAACUUUCGUUGACCUUUCAGAAUGUGGACACCCUGUUGAGGUAGUACCGUAACUUGUUGAGAAAAAAGAGAGAGAGAUGUGUGUACUGGUAAAGUUUUUUUUUACCCAGUCUGUGAUAUUUUUACCCUGAAUACAAUAUAUAUGUUUUUCGUAUUUUGCUCGUUUUAAGAAUAUAUUGUGACUUGUCAGAGUAAGUUUUUUUAAAAAAACUAUUAUCAGAAUAAAAAGGUAGCAACAGAGGUUUUCAUAAGAAAGCCCAUUUAUCCUAAUUUGUUUGACUUUAAGAACAAGCAUGCAGACAACGUAUUUAUGUUCAUUUUGGCUGUACUAAAUUUUUUAUUAUGUUUAGCUAUUGCAUGGGUUGUGUUUGGAUUUUUUUUUGUAAAUGAUUCACUUGUCAAGUUUGAAAUUUUUGAGUUGUGAGAGAUGUCAUGUGGAACAAACAUUUCUAUACAUACAAAAAAAAUCAGGAUGUAUCAAGCAUCUGUUUGAAUGCUGUUUGUAAUUGGAAGAUUUACACUUUAUUAAUCCAUUGCAAUGUUAUAGUUAAUUUUUUAUGGACAAAUAUGAGUUCGCUGGUAAGUUGAUGGUUGAUAUCUUUCUGAUAAGCAAUUUUUGUUAUGGUUUCUUAGAACUUCACUAAUUAACAUAGACUUUUUGUUAUGCAUUGUGCAGCAUAUUUGGAAAGGAUGAUAAUGUUGUUUUUUGUUAUUGUAUUUUUGCAAGAAGUAUAAACAUGACACAUUAAAUCCAAUUUUAAGGAUUUAAUGUGCAUUUUAAGCUAUGAAAUAAUUUGUAGUUGCUGCAGAAAAUAACGUGUUUUUAUCCAAACAAAGCAAAAGGAAUUUUGUAGUGGGAGGGGAGGAUUUCAUUGAUAAAACAGUGGUUAGCUGGACUGGUUUUGUCAGGACAAUGGUGAAGUGUGGAACACAUGUGUGAAAUCACCUCAAGAAAUGUUUUUGGUUUGGUUCUUGUUUACGUAGAGUUGGCAUCCAAGUGUUUUUGAGGUAAAGUUAUCUUAAGCCACGGAGUUACCAGAACAAUCAUCGGUAUCAACAAGUUAUAACGUUAUAACCUUUUUUUGACUUCAUGGUUUGGGUUGGUUCAAUUUCUGCAUUUGGAGGAACAUUUUUUCUUUGCUGCCUACGUGUAAUGGAACGAUGAAAUGUUGUGCAACCAAGCAUCGGACAAUUAAAAAAAGUGCUGUUAUUUUUUUUUUUCAGUGUUCACAUAUUGUUGUGAUGGAGAAAAAUUCCUGGCACAAUGAGGUCUGCAUUAUAAUUUUAUUUUUCAUAAUUUAAAAUAUGUGUAUCUAUUAAUUCACUAUUUCUUAAUGUUAGCAUUGGUUUCAAGAUUUCCAGAUCUGACUUAUCCAGGUAGCAUGUUGUAAAAUUUCGUAAUUGUAUAUCUAUUGAUAAACAUGAGCAAUGUACCUACUUAGGGUACAUUAUCACUUUCAUAAUGAACAGAACUGUUACUGUUUUACUUUUCAAAUAUGUGCAAGAAAACCUGGUUCCUAAUUUAUUUCAAAUAAUUUGGUUAUAUAUAUAAUAUUAAAAAAAAUAAUUGUUUUAUGUAUAAUGGCUUUACUUAUUUAUACGUGGAAACCUGCUGAUUUUUGUGAUUCCAAGACAAAGAAAUUACUUUAAAAGUACAAAAGACUUGUGGAAUUCUAUUGUUAAGUAGGCUUAGUCACAGAUGAGGGCUAGAUAGCAUAAAGGCUGUUAAAAUGCUCUUUACAUUAAACAAAACUGGACCAUAGUAAAACUACAGUGCUUUGAACUACGCCAUAGAAGAAUCUACUACCAGUAUCCUGCGACAAGAAAAGUGUUGCGUUAUUAAUCAAACCACCGAUUGUAUUUUGUAUAAUUCAGAACCGUUUUACAAGCUGUCCCGAAGCUGCCUGCCCCCUUGUUUUAUUUCACAUCGUUUGCAGCCAACAUGUACAUACAGUUUGCAAAGUUGAGCUUCAUAUUGUUUUCGCAACGCAAGUGCACAUACGCAAGAACGAACUUUACUGAAAGUGUUUUUGUAACAUGUACAAAUGUGGAUGUGUUGUGUAGAGAAUGAAACUUUAAAGUUUGUUUCUAUUAAAUGUUCAUUGAAUCA